AUGGGUGAAAUAUUACUAUUAUUGCAUUAUUGUAAUUUAUGUAAGGCAUUGUAUUGUAUUGAGCGGAAAUGUAAUUUUAAGAUUGCCAACUCAGAGCAUGUACGUAUUGAGUCAAGUGCUCUGGCCGAGUUGGUGGGCAUCUGCGCACUCGACUUACGCUCGUCUAUAAACGCGUUGCAGUUCCUGUCGAUUCAGUCAGAUGCACAUUCAAUCGACUUCAGUGCCGUUCAAAAGUACGGUGAGCGAGAAUCGCAUGUCGGUGAGAAGUCGUUGUUUGAUGGAUGGGCAUCGGUGUUCGAGAUGGGACGUCAUAUGGAUGGUCAUGGUAAAGUGCUGGAAUUGAGCGCACGUCUACAACGAGUUCAGACGAUCACUCAACGCUUUCAGUCGGAAUCCGAGAAAUUUCAUUUGGGUCUAUUCAGCAACUACCUAUCAGCUCUGUCCGGAAUGCAUCGUGUCCCAUUGCUGAAAGAUGUCACUGAACUGUUCAGUGAAUACGACCAAUUGAACAGUCUAAUGAUGCAUUCACAAAACUAU